AUGACAAGUUGCGCGAUCAAAAUCUGCAGAAAUUACAAAGGACGUUUACAAACAAAUAACAAAAUCUCCUACCAUCGGAUACCUAUCGAUCCUAUAAUUAGAAGUCGAUGGGUGGACAUAAUAAGAAAAAGCCGUGGAGAAGAGUUCUGGAAACCAUCCAAAACCACAGUGAUAUGUUCUGAACAUUUCCGUGAAAAAGACUUGUAUUUUACAAAUAAUCAAGGCCGGCGAAGAUUGAAAAAGGAAGCGGUACCGAAAAAAGCAUUAUUCUUAUCAUCAGUGAAAUCCGACGAAAGUGAUAUCACUGAUGAAGACGUUGAAAUGACGAUGGAAUAUAACACUGAAAAACAAAAGCCCAUGAAUUUGAAUACUCCCGCAUCAAAUGAAGAGCCUAAAACUUCCUCCUCUAUAGCAUGCACCAAUGUAGUGUGCACAGAUACUUCGUCUCCUUCUAUCAGUCGCGUAGCUCAUAAAGUUUUGGCUAAUAAAACAGCGAAAUCUGAAAAUGAUAUUGAAAUAAAUGAAGAGUUUUCAGAUAUAGAUUCUAUUUGUGACACUCCUAAAAAAGCAAAGUUGAGAAGAGAAUUACGCAGAAAAAUUCGUAUCCAAAAGAAACAUUCUCUAAAAAUGCAAUCGCUUAGAAGAAAAAAUCUACGACUUAAGAAGAAACUUGCAACUUUCAAAGAUAUUCUUAUUACGUUAAAAAAAUUGAUUCAUGAAAAAGUAAAUUUAAUGGGAGCAACAGAAUGGGGGAAGCUAUGCACGAAGGUAAAAGAAAUAGAGGCUGAUUACUGUAAAAGCGAUCAUGUGGUGGACAUGAUGACAGAAACAUUUGCUAUCCACAUAGGGGAUCAUGAUUCCGACUCAGAUGAGGAUGGAAGCUCGAGUGACGACAGCGACGACGAUGAAAUGGCCACUUCUAGCACCAACACCGCGUCCUCAUCUGGUUUUCACGUCACGCAUGAUGACUUAAUGGAAGGAGUUUCAACAUUACUUUAA